GACGGCCAAAAAUGUUGUACAGCCCUAUUUCUGAUACCAUGACGGCAGAAAUGUUGCCCGCCACGGAAAAAUCUACAUAGCGGAAACACUGAAAUUGCAGAAAUGUAGUAGCAAGGCGCUCAAGUUUUAUCAAAAGUUUGGCGUGAGAUUGGCAUACCUUGUUUCUUAUUUUCUGUUUUUUAACUCUGCAUAACUUGAGACAACGAUCAACUCCGCAGAAACUAGUGUAUUUCACUAGUGCUAAACGCGCUUACUCUCUUAACUUGUUGCAAAUGUUAAUUUCAAGACACUGUUAUUUUGAAUUUUGCGAAUACUGACUGGUGGUGCUCCCGUAGAUGGUCAGUUGUAUUUCCUUCAUCUGUGGCCUUCUGAAUGUUUUCGGUACCCGAAAAAUUCCCAUACUGCAAGGUAAAGUUCCAGGAGUGCACCUCCUUUGGCUAUUCUGUAUACUGACUGCUUGCUCGCACCAACCGGAGGGUUACUUUCUCAGUUGUGUAAAGCCUGAGGGAUUUCUGCACUUUCCGUCUUUGACAACCCCCCCCAAAAAAACAGCUCAUACCGCAGCAACGGUAUAGCGGAAAAUUAGAGAUGUAUUGAAACCGUGACUUUUUCAAACAACGGUAUACCUUGAAACUGGUAACCGGCCCAUGGCUACUCAGAACAUUUCAUUUGUCCUGAUUGUAGGAAGGAACUAGAGAGACAGCAAACUCCAAUACUAUGCAAUUAUUAUUGUUUUCCUUUGAUUUUGAUGGUAUUCAUCCCAUCAACCCAUACCCCAACACUGUGCUAGCUUCUAUUUGCUUAGGACUAACUUAAAGUGUUCUUUCUUUACACUAGGGGGAGCUGGUGCUUCCUCUUAGGCCCAGGAAGUCUCCCCUAAAUGGCCUGUGUUGCCUCACCUUUGGCCUGGUGGUCUUCAUGUCCAGCCUGGUGUUAGUGUCCAUCUACGUUUACCGUUACUAUUUCAUACCUCAGAUCCCAGAGGACAGCCUGUUUCAUUGCAGGGUUCUGUAUGAAGACUCUGUUUAUGCUCCUCUGCGCGGGCGCCAGGAGUUGGAAGAGAAUGUUGGCAUAUACCUCGAUGACAACUAUGAGCAGAUCAGUGUGCCUGUACCCCACUUUGGAGGGAGCGACCCCGCCGAUAUCAUCCAUGAUUUUCACCGGGGUUUGACUGCGUACCAUGACAUUGCCUUGGACAAGUGUUUUGUCAUAGAGUUGAAUACAACACUGGUAAUGCCGCCACGUAACCUGUGGGAGCUGCUGGUCAAUGUUAAGAAGGGGACAUACCUACCCCAAACGUACAUCGUGCAGGAGGAGAUGAUGGUGACGGGCCGUGUGAGGAACAUGAGACAACUGGGGCCUUUCAUCAACCGGAUGUGUUAUGGCAGGGAGAUCUACCGCCUCAAACGCCGCAACCAACACAGACGUGAGUUCACACACGAAAACCACUCCCAAUCUUUUGGCAUUACACACAAUGUAAUGCCAAGUCAUGGUUUUGGCAGCUCUACAUCAAUGGAUCCCAAGAAUUAUAGUGUAUUCCAUAUUGUUUGAGUCAUGGAAAAUCCGUAGGCUGUUUGGUGUGAGAACAGAUGACUGCUGUGAGAUGACAGCAAGCAUAGAGCAAACAGACAUGGUUCAGUCUUAAUGGACGCUUCUGCCACAUAGCAGAGCAGUGUUUUCCACCGAAAGUGAUUAUAUUUGUGAUGGUAUGCAGGGGUGGAGCAAGACUUUGUAAAAGAAAAUUGGUGCUCAGCCCGAAGCUAUGUCCUAGUAUCAAUUCAAUGAGAGUGUAGAUAGGGACUUCAAUAAGUAAUACUAACUUGUGAUUUUACUUAUUUUCAUUAUCAUUCCUUUGAGCGCGAAAUAGUUUUGAGCUUUAUGUGAUAUAAACAUUACCUUGGACUCAGUGGCGUAACUAUAGGGAGUGCAAGGAGUGCAGCUGCACUAGGGCCCGU